UGACGAUAUUUCCUCGGCCCAGCUCCCCGCUUGUUUCUGUGAUAUCAACCAGAAAGAGCAGGGCACGGCUUGUCUCUGUAAGCAACGGGUCUUAACGGUGCACUCCGCGCAGGAGAAGGGCGCAACUGGUAUUUGUGAAAAAAUUGAAGUAUUUCUUCCGCUUUAAUGACCAGCCUGUCCGUCUAACCGCAACAAGCUGAGGAGGAUAUAGUCCUUUGGACGGUGCUGAGCGGAGAGCGCGGCGGACAUUGCAGGGAUGGAGGGACCUAGAAAGCAGUCGUCGUCGUGAGGCUGAGAGACAGACGCUAAUUUGGAGCAGCAGCAGGUGUACGGAAGGAUAAAAGCAGAACCGGAGGGAAUCUCUGUGUUCAUGAAACUUUGCUACGAUUUACGUGCUGGGGUUGCCGUCCGCCAUGUUAAGGUAAAGCCCAGGUGCGCGGUGUUGACCAUGCUAAAGCGCCUGGACAAGAUCCGCUUCCGAGGUCCCAGGUCGAGAGACGACUUCCCGGAUCUGGGCGAGUCGCCGCCUGCCUCCGACACCGAAUGUAACGACGACGUGCCGCCGAAGCCCCGAGCGGCUUCGCGGGACACGGAGGACGUCCUGCGAGACCCUGCUGGUUCGGGGUCUCCCACCAUGGCAGCUGCCGUUCAGGACUUCCAGAGGUCGGAGUCGGAACGCCUCAGCGAAGUCAAAGGUCACUUGGAAAUUGCCUUAUUGGAGAAACAUUUCCUACAGGAGGAGCUGAGGAAGUUGCGGGAAGAGACCAAUGUGGACUCGCUGCGGCAGGAGCUGGAGAGGGAGCGGAGUAAAAGGCUGGACCUGGAGCAGAAGAUGAACGAGGUCCUCAGGACGAGGUUGGAGGACUCGCCACCGCAGCCUCCCCGAAAGCAGCAGUCGCCCUCCAAAAAUGGCACGGCGGAGAAACAGCAGAAGGAGGUGUGGAGUUCGCGGCUGCAGAAGUGGCUCUACGAGCGGUUCGGGGUUUACAUCGAAGACUUCCGCUUCCAGCCAGAGGAGAGCACCGUGGAGACGGAGGAGCCGCUAAGUGCUAAAAGGUUGACAGAAAACAUGAGGCGACUCAAACGAGGAGCCAGACCUGUCACUAACUUCUUAAGGAACCUCUCCGCCUUAUCUAACUGGCACUCUGUCUACACCUCAGCUAUUGCCUUCAUUAUCUACAUGAAUGCUGCUUGGCAUGGUUGGGCCAUUCCCAUGUUUCUCUUCCUGGCCAUCCUGCGCUUGUCUUUGAAUUACCUCAUUGCCAGAGGGUGGAGGAUUCAGUGGAGCAUUGUGCCUGAAGUGUCUGAACCCAUGGAACCCCCAAAGGAAGACCUGACUGUAUCUGAAAAGUUUCAGCUUGUACUCGAUGUUGCACAAAAAGCUCAGAACAUCUUCGGUAAGAUGGCCGACGUUCUGGAGAAGAUAAAAAAUCUGUUCAUGUGGGUGCAGCCAGAUAGCACCAGGAAGCUCUACAUCUGCCUGUGGGUUGCUUUCAUCGUCUCCUGCGUCCUCCCGUACAAGCUGAUGGGUUUCAUGAUGGGAGUGUAUGCCGGUAUCAAGUUCUUCAUCAUAGACUUCCUGUUUAAGAGCUGUCCGAAGCUUCGGGACAAGUACGACACGCCGUACAUCGUGUGGAACAGCCUCCCCACCGACCCCCAGCUCAAAGAGCGGACCAACGCCACUGUGUCCCGGCGGCUCUCCUGCAUUGAGAAGGUUCAGCCGGUGGUGUCUCGGAGCAGCCUCGCCACCGUCCCCAGCGGCAUGAGCAGAGAAGACGACGCGGGUCGCUCCCACAGCACCAAAAAGGGUCCCUUCCACGAGAUCUUCAACCUGCCGGAAACGGAGCGCCCUCUGGCGGUGUGCGAGAACGGCUGGAGGUGUUGUCUGAUAAACAGAGAUAGGAAGAUGCCCACGGACUACAUCAGGAAUGGAGUUCUUUACGUCACAGAGAACUAUCUUUGCUUCGAGAGCUCCAGCUCCAAAUCCAGCUCCUCCAAGAAGAAUAAAGUGAUCAAGCUAGUGGACAUCACAGACAUCCAGAAGUACAAAGUGCUGUCGGUCCUGCCGGGAAGCGGCAUGGGCAUCUCUAUAGCCACUCCCUCCACUCAGAAGCCGCUGGUGUUUGGCGCCAUGAUCCACAGAGACGAGGCGUUCGAGACCAUCUUCACCCAGUACAUGAAGAUUGUGACCACCUCCAAACCACCGGCCAGCACAGAGCUUUAGACCCUUCCUCACUUCCACUCCUCGUUGAUGUUGGGGAGCUUCUGAUUUCCCUCAAAUUCCUCCGGCUCUCUGGACGAGCGGCAGCUUCUUGUUGGAGGCACCUAGGGGAAACUGCUCAUCCUGAAGGGGGCGCUAACAGAGGAGUAGUUUUAACCAAUCAGCAGAGGGCUGAUAGAGGAGCUGGAUCUCCUCUUCCAACUGACUUUUUUCUGGCUUUCUUGGUUCUGGUGUUGCAUGUGUGGGUGUGCGUGUUAUUGUGUGUCAGUUGUAUUUUUAUUUUUUUUCUCUUUAUCACUCCCCACACAAGGGGGCGCCGUCUGCUACAAUAGGAAGCUCUCCCUAGCAGAUAACAGAACCUACUUUAAACUGCCAGAUGCAGAACUUCUUGCUGUAUAUCAAAGUAUUCAUGUCAAACCGGUGCCUCUUGGCUAAACCCAACAGAACCAGAGGUGUGAACAUGUCCGACUGUUUCUGUUUGUCUGUUUUCUUCUGUGUUUUAUUAGCUGUGAAGACGUCGGCCUGCAACUGACACCAGAGCCUUUCUGUUAGUUUACAUCGCCGUCUUCGGGUGUUAAACGCGUUUCGGCGGCGCCGACCGGCUUACGAACUGACAAAAACGUCGCGGCCUCCGCUUCCGUGUUUUUGUAAGUGUGCAGACGUGAAAUGUGUCGUGAACCUUUUUUUUUUUUUUUUUUGCCGCCUUAUCCUUUGGAGGUCUUUUGUUUGUCUUCUUAACAAACAGCCUUUGUUUUCUUUGUUUGGAUGCUGGGAGUGGUGCGAGCUGCCGAUUGUAUCCGAGACGAGAGCACAACGUUGACUGCCAUUUAGAUACGUGGCGGUUGGAAAUCGGAGAUUCCUCACAAGCUGUGUGAAGAAAUCUUAUUUUUAUUUUUUAAACAGCUGGUAUAUUUGCUGCACUUUACCAGGACUCCUAACUGAACGAGUUGGGGGGGUGUGUUGGGACACUUAAAAUCCUGACGUGUUCGUUUGUUCAACAAAAGCAGACUCUGAAGUCCCGUGAAUAAAAUGUGCAAUUAAAGUAAUAAUUUAACCCUCACAUUGUUUAUCAGCUGGAAGUCAAAGCCAGCUUGCAAAGAGAAAUGUAAAAAAAAAAACAACAAAAAAACUCUUCUGAUUUAUCUCACUUGAAAUGAGUAAAAUUUUAGCAGGAAAAGUUAAAACAUUAUUCUACAAUACCAAGACAUAGUGCCUCUCAAAAGUAUCCAUAACUUCUAAACUUUUUCAUUUCACACAUUUUAUCAAAGUUUUACCACACAAAAUACUGCUUUGUUAGGUGGGAGGAAUAAUAUUUUUGCUAUUAGAAGUCUGACCAGUGGGAUGUUUUUGUUUAUCCCUCUCAUUCCCCCAUUAAUUUAUUUUGCAAAUUUUCUGAGUCAUGUCUUCCAAAUAAUUUUCCAUUUCUCUUCAAGUCUAAUCAGAUAGGUUGGAGAUUAUAUCUUGACAUCAGUUCCAAGAAUCAAGAAUAUCUUUAUUAAAACCCCAGGGGGGAAAUUUACAUUUUAGUACAGUCCAUCCAAGAACAAAAAACAUAAGACAUGUGUAGACGGGUGCCUAAGGCUGCAGUCAUGGGAGGCGCUGCCCUAUUUUUAUUUUUAUUUUUUAACCUUGCUGUAAUCCUCAGUGGGAUUCGGCUCUGGAGUUUGACUAGGCCAUUUUAACCAGUCUUUGUCCCCCUACAAGAUUGUUCAGUUUUAGCGGCGUCCAAAUUCCACCCUGUGCUAAAAAUGGCAUGCCCACAGAAAGACGCUGCCACCACCAUGCUUCUCCAUUGGGACGGUGUCUUCAAAGGGAUGUUUAGGGGAAAUCUCCCAGCAUACAAGGUUUAAUUUUUUUGGCCAGGAAGUCCAGUUUUGGUCUCAUCUGACCAAAUUAGCUUCUUCCACCUGUCAAACAUUAACUUGGACUCUUUCAACUAUGGCUUCCUUCCAUAAAAGCCACAUUAAUAGUUGCCCAGCCUCUCAUUAUUAGUGCUCUCCAUUCAUGGCUGGUCAGUUUAGGUGGAAUACUUUUCUUAGGCACUGUGUCUGCUUGUUUCCCUAACGCCACAGAUACUACUAGUGUUCCAGAUAAUCUGCGUUUUCAAGCAGUAGUCGAUGACUUUUGACUGAAGCGUCUUCAGUGUCACUUUAUUUUGAAAUUUACAAGACUAAAGCUGGUCUUUUCUCUUGUCGAAUGACUUACCGUGUAGAAAUGUAUUGCCAAACCACAUAAGACACUUUCUGGUGUUUUUUUUUUUUUUUUUGUGAGAAAAUUGCAGUGCAGGACUGGAGUUUUAGUGGACUGAUGUAUAGAUAGAAUAGAGUAGCUCCUUUUACACUCUCCAACAGCGUACCAUUUAACGUUCAUGUAUGUCCUUAACACUGUUAAAAGGGGGAAGCCUUGACAUUUCCUCUGUUUCUGAUCUUUAAAAAAAAAAACAGCAACUUUGAUGUUGGUCCGCUUUUAAAAGACUGAAUCUACGAUCCUCCAGGGAAGCAGAGGAUUUAGCUGAACUGCCCUUCAGAACUGCCCUCAACACUGGAAAUGUCUGGGUUUCUCUUAAAUCCUAACUCCUCCUGUUCUCAGUCCGGAUCAACCAAGCUGGAUAUGAAGUUGCUUGAAAUGCAGCAGACCAGCUCAGUCCGUUUUUAGUGUGAGAUUAUUGUUUUAAAGCUUUUCAUUUAGCUUUUGGAAUCGGUUCACGCUGAGAACUUUUGGCUCAUUGCCAGGUCGUACUCGUAUAUAGGAAGGAACGCAUCAUGUUUGGGCAGCGCUAUAGAAUACAGCCUCCACUUUCCUGGAACUGAAGGUUAAUUUCCCAGAACUUAGACCCUUUUCCUACUCUUUUUUUUUUUUUUUUUUUUUUUUUUUCCCCUCAACAUUCAAAUCACUAUUACCUGUGAUGCACCACCAGGUGGAGCUCCUGAGCAGGGACAAAGCAGUUCUCUCACAAACAUUUUUGCUCUGAGAAAACAUGAGCGACGUGUUUUUUUUCACGUUCUGCCAACUUUCUUUCGUUUUGGACACAAAGUAAAGAAAGUGAGACAGAUGUAGGAAGAAAAAAAUAACAAUGCCUUUACUUUUGCUUUUGUUGUUUGUUUUUUUUGUGUGCACAGAAACAGGGACGGGCCAUGUACAAAGUGAGUCUUUGGCAUCAUUUCAGAAAAGGUCCAAUCCAUAAUUCCAUCAUGAAGGUUUUUUUAUCUUUAAAUUCUUUGGAUUUUUGUUUUUAAAUACCUUUUUUCAUAAAAAAAAAAAAAAAAAAAACAACCAAAAAACUGGAAUAUGAGCUGCAGGGUGUCCGAGUUAUUGUAGUUCUGGUAAAAUAAUCUUGACGUUCUGGGACAGUUCAGGCUAUCCCAUGGAGGAUUACCCAUGUUUGAAAAGUGGAACGUUUUUUUUUUUGUUGUUUUUUGCCAAAUCUUUUGUUUUUGUCUGCCAUGCUCUGCCUAUGCUCAUGUUUACAUUGAAAAUGGUUUGAUGUUUCUGCUUUAGUUAACCCAGUUUGAAUUCCUUUCAUUUUGGAGUUAUGAAAACUGGCCUUUUGUUCUGAAAUGCUUUUAUUUUGUUGCAUUGUUUUUGGUCUCCACUCACAUGGGCUCAUCACCACUUACUUCCAUGACCCCCUCUGCUCACCAGUAGGCGAGCGUCAACCAUAGCAGCAACGAAAUCAGUAUUUUAAGCUUCCGACUACAUGCUGAAGUUAAUGUUCAGGUGUAGUUGAAGCUGCCAGAAGCAUCGCAAUCACACGUUAAAAUAAAAAGCAGAGAUGGUCAUGUUGGACUGUCGAGGCAACAUUUCCAAAACAGAAAUGUUGUCGCUUCCCUUUCAUCUGGUGUCCUCUCUUUCAUGAAGUAUGUUGUUAACUGUGUGUUAGUAUUAUCGAAGUGUUGUCCAGAAAGCAUUUCAUCAUCAAAGUGAUUCUCACAGAGUAUAAACUGUGGAACAUCUCCAGGGCUCCUGCAUCGUUUAAAAGAAAUCAAAGUAACUCUGUCAAAGCUGUAAAACGGCUCCCAUCGGACACGACUGAACUAAAGACUUUAUUAUGAUACAAUCACAACAUACAGUCAAUCAGUUGUAAGAAACUGCAGGUUUUAUGGAGAGUAAUUUGUCACAGGCUCCUUAUUUUUGAUUAUUUUUUUUCUCAGAGGAAUUUGUAUACAAAAUAAUUAAAAUGUAAAGAAACCAGAGAGUUUUUAAAAAGACAUGUCUAUUGUAAAAGAUAAUGUGAUGUACUUUUUCUUUUUUUUUAAAUUUAAGUAAAAGAAUUGAAGGUACCAUCAUGCCUCUCUGUCUUCGUCACAAAAAAGUUGAAGUUCCCUCGUAUGAAGCCGCAGUAUCCCAUCCAGCCACUAGAAGUCAGUGCGACACCAAUAAAGCUUCUACCCAAUUUGCUUCUUCGAAAUGGAGAAGCUUGCUAAUUUUCUUGCUGAAGGAUGUUUGUGUAGCUCAUAACCAGCAAUUUUAUUUGACAAAAGUUAAAGGAUAAAUUUGAAUUAAUGUAUUUUACUUGUAUGACGAACUUAAAUAUGGUUUAUAAUUAUGGGAUGUUAACCUUGGUAUAUUCUCGUACUGUUAAUCAAAAAGUAAAACAUUUGUUUCAUGUUUUUCAGUCCAAGUGACCAACCGAGAAACUUGGGGGAGGAGGAAUUGGUCUUUAAACAAUGUCUUACUCCAUAUGACUUAUGAAAGCAACAUAACUCGAGUUCACGUUUCCAAACAUGAGCUGACACUCCUGAAGGCCCUUCUAGCGCUGAUCUGAGUCUGUUCUGGUAACACUGAACCUCCUGCCGUUUCCCUCAGCAAGUCGCCCUAUUUUGAGACGAUGUGAGACGAAGAGUGUCACCAAGACAAAAAAAAAAAAAAGAAAAAAAAUGCCCCCAAACUUUCAUGUAAUUUAAAUGUAGUUUGAGGCGACACA